UUAAAACUGGAACCCUGCUUCUACAGUUCUACUGCAACAUCUUCUUUCCUCUUCACUUCACACCUUACUUCCUUCUUCUUCGUCACUCACGAGUCUCCGACGGGCCGUCGUCAACUGGAAGUUAGACCGGCCGGCCGUCUGGAACAGACUUGGCAGAUGGUGACUGGCGAUGCCACAAGGUAACGACUAGGCCAAUUUUCUAAAAUAAGCGCCCUUCUUCUCUGGUAUUUAUUCUCCAGCCUCGUUCGUUCCGUGCUUUCUUUUAAGAGAUUGCAACUAAAAGCAAAGGAAGAUGGAGAAGAGAGAGCUUCCGCAGCAAAACGAAGUAUCAAUUUAGUCAUGUCCUGAAACAGACUCCCUGAAUUUCCAUGGAAUCCCUAAAAUCCUCUUUCCUACACCCCUCUUUGUUGAAGCCCCCUUCGAAGGUCCAUAAGCGUGGCAAACCGCCAUCUCCCACAGUACUCUGCUGCCUCAAGCCAGAUCCCUGGUCCCUCAGUUCUGGAAAUUCCAAAGAUCUAAAUAAACCGAAACCUAAAUCCAAACACCCCAAGAAUGUCCUGUCCGACGACAAUGCCCGCCGGAUAAUCAAAGCCAAGGCAAGGUACUUGAGUGUUUUGAGACGAAACCAGGGCUCGCUUGUGCAGACGCCUAGAUGGAUCAAACGAACCCCUGAGCAAAUGGUGCAGUAUUUGGAGGAUGAUAGGAAUGGACAUUUGUAUGGUCGCCACGUGGUAGCGGCGAUUAAGUGUGUGAGGAGCACUUCGGGGAUGCGCGAAGGGAGCUAUAAUAUGAGGGAAGUAAUGAGCUCGUUUGUUGCUAAGCUUAGUUUUAGAGAGAUGUGUGUUGUGUUGAAGGAGCUGAAAAAUUGGCGCCAAGUGAGAGACAUGUUUGCUUGGAUGAAAUUGCAGUUAUGCUACAGGCCCAGUGUGAUCGUAUACACAAUUGUUCUCCGUGCACUUGGCCAAGCCGGUAAAAUAAAGCUUUCUGAAGAGAUUUUCUUGGAGAUGCUUGAAGCAGGGUGUGAACCUGAUGAGGUGGCUUGUGGAACAAUGUUAUGCUCGUAUGCUAAAUGGGGCCGCCCCAAGGCAAUGCUCUCAUUUUUUGCUGUAGUUCAGGAGAGAGGGAUAAUACCUUCGACUGCAGUUUUUAAUUUCAUGGUAUCCUCCUUGCAGAAGAACUUGCUUCAUAGUGAUGUUAUAUAUGUUUGGAGACAGAUGGUUGGUAAAGGAGUCGCGCCAAAUGAAUUUACAUAUACAGUUGUAAUUAGCUCACUUGUGAAAGGAGGGAAAACCGAGGAAGCUUUUCGAACAUUUAAUGAGAUGAAGAAUUUUGGUUUUGUGCCUGAAGAGUCAACUUAUAGCCUUUUGAUUGGUGUAUACUCGAAAGAUGGUGACAAAACUCGCGCCCUUUGUCUUUAUGAAGACAUGAGAUCCCGCAGAAUAGUACCUAGUAACUAUACGUGUGCUUCACUCCUGGCCUUGUACUAUAGAACUGCAGACUAUUCGAGUGCCUUUUCACUUUUCACCGAAAUGGAGCUGUAUGGGGUUGUUGCAGAUGAAGUUAUCUACGGCUUACUAAUUCGUAUAUAUGGUAAAUUGGGUCUUUAUGAAGAUGCACAAAGGACAUUUUCAGAAAUCGAGAGAUCGGGCCAGCUUACCCGUGAAAAGACUUACACAACGAUGGCGCAAGUCCAUCUUAAUUAUGGGAAUUUCGACAAAGCUUUGGAUGUGAUGGAAAAAAUGAAAAGUAAAAGUAUUCCAUUCUCAAGAUUUUCGAACAUCGUAUUGCUGCAAUCCUACAUAUUGAAGAUGGAUCUUGCUUCCGCAGAAAUUACAUAUCAAGCUCUUAGUAAGACUGGAGUUCCUGAUCCCACUUCUUGCAAAUAUAUGCUUAAUUUAUAUCUGACACAUGGAUUUUCUGAAAAAGCGACAAGUUUUGUGGAUCAGAUCAAGAAAGACGGAAUAGAGUUUGAUGAGGAGCUUUUCAUGAUAGCUAUGAGGGUUUAUUGCAGGGGAGGCAUGCUACAGAAUGCGGAACAACUGAUAGAGGGCUUGAGUACAAAAGAAAUGUUUCGGAAUUUCCCCCCUUUUAAGGCAUUUCAUAUGGCUAUGAAUGGACAAUACAACACAUCAGCAGAAUAUGAAAGUUUUCUUGGUACCUUGGGACAAGGAGGAGAGAUUGCGAUGGAAUUGAUGAUCACACUGUGUUUGGCUGCUCGAAAUGAAGUGUCAGUGCAACUAAAGCUUGAGCUGUUGCUUCAGACCAAAGUUGGCAUGACAGUAGGCAAUCAAAUGAUCACCAAAUCUGCAAAAGAAGGUGAUCUUUUGUCUACUGAAUAUCUGUACAGGUUAAUGAUAAAACUUCGAUGCAGAAUAGAGGAUGCCGCUGGAGCAUCUUUGAUUGGUGCAUAUGCAAAAGUAAACAAAGUCAAACAAGCAGAGGAAGUUUUUGCAGCUGUAGCAGGUUGUGCUACAGAUGAAAAUGCUGUGUACGGUUCGAUGAUUGAGUCUUACAUAACAUGUGGUAUGGAGGAGGAAGCAUACAUGUUUUAUACAGAACAAGAAGUGAAAGGGCACACCUGGGAUCCAGUUUCUAUCAGCAUACUUGUGAAAGCUUUGGUAGGCUGUGGUAAAUAUUCUGAGGCUAGGGAGAUCAUUCUUCAUAGUUUUCGCAAGAAUUUGAAGCUUGAUACUGUGGCCUACAACACUUUCAUUAAGGCAAUGUUAGAUGCAGGAAAACUUCAUUUUGCAAUCAGUGUAUACAAGCGCAUGGUUUCCUCGAACAUAUCUCCAACAAUUCAAACAUAUAACACGAUGAUCAGUGUGUAUGGACGAGGCCGAAACCUUGAUAAAGCAGUGGAUAUGUUUAACAUUGCUCAGAGCAUGGGCGUGGCAUUGGAUGAGAAGAUAUAUACCAACAUGAUUUGCACAUAUGGGAAAGCAGGCAAAGUUUGUGAAGCAUCGGCUCUAUUCACUAGAAUGCAGGAGGAAGGAAUAAAACCUGGGCUGAUGAGCUACAACAUUAUGAUCAAUGCCUUUGCUGCUGAUGGACAGUACCAUGAAGCAGAACAGAUAUUGCUAAGUAUGCAGAGAGACGGUUGCUCACCUGACUCUCUUACAUAUCUGGCUAUUAUUCGAGCUUAUACCAAGGCAGAGAAAUAUUCCGAAUCAGAAAGGGUCAUAAAGCUAAUGCAGGAGGAAGGACUCUGUCUGUCUUCUGCUCAUUUUAACCUCUUGCUGUCAGGUUUCACCAAAGAAGGAUUUAUAGAGGAAGCUGACAGAGUAUACAAGCAAAUUUACACAGCUGGAUUAAAGCCUGAUCUAGAGUCCCGACGCAUAAUGCUUAGAUGCUUCUUGGAUUAUGGGCAUGUGGAAGAAGGAAUCUAUUUCUUUGAAAGAGAAUGCUGCUCUAUCAAUGAGGAUAAGUUUAUUUCGAGUGCCGCUGUUCACCUUUAUGAUUCAGCCAACAAUAAACGGAAGGCCAAAGAGGUUUUAGACUCUAUAAAUGCUUCGGGAGCAAAAUUCUUGGAUAAUCUUAAAGUUGGAGCAAGGGCAAAAGCUGUAGCAACCUAUUGUCCUCAGUAGAGGGAGUAGUUCUUAUCUUGGAUUGUCCGGUCGCCAGCUUGGAGAAAGAAAUUUCAGACAGAUUUCUUGAUCUUGAUGUUGUUUUCACAAAUUUCUGAGACAAUGUAACAACUAAGGCAAAGGAGAAAAAACUACGACUGCGGAUCGAGGAUCCACCACGAAGGAAGCGUCGUAUGGUUUAUCUUGGAGCUGCACUACUUAUCAAGGUGAUUAUAUUUCCUUCCCUGUUCAUGCUUGCACUCAAUGAAUGUGCUUCGCCCCGUGUGUAUAUAUAUAUAUAUAUAUGUGUAUGUAGAAUUUCAUUUGGAUAUGUCAAUUUGAGCUUCACUCAGCAUAGAUUUGUGCAUCGUAUUUGGUUGAAUCAGCAUAUGUCAUAUACAUAAUCAGCAUAGUUCUAAUAUAACAUAUAUACGCUUAAUAUAUGCUUAUUCAGUCA